UAUGAGCAGCAGCAGCAUCAGGAAGAGGGAAUGAAUCCCCCCACCACCACCCCGUUCUGUCUUUUCUGCAGCAUAUCCGACUGUGUGUGACAUCACCACUGACAGAAGCCAAUAAGACCACUCUUUCUCCUUUCCCUCGAAGAGAGAGUGCUGGAGCUGAGCGCAACCGGGCCAAGCGAGCUGCCAUCCAUGCUCAGCCUGCGUGGGGCUGAUGCAGCUGAGUGUUCAGUUGCUAGGGACCGAGUAGGCUUGGGAGCAAACGCGCCAGCUAGUUCCCAUGCAGGGAAUGGGGACCUUCCGGCUGGGGAGAAGGACUGUGAUGUACACAGUGGAAACCAUUCCCAAAGGGAAGAAUCGAGUGCUGGGGACCAUCCAGAUCAUGACUGGCUUCAUACACAUUAGCUUUGGGAUCAUUCUCAGCACCUUGACCAGUGUAUAUACCUCAUACUUUGUGUCUGGAGAGAUCCCCUUCUUGGGAGGAGCAUCCUUCAUUGUCUCCGGAUGCCUCACAAUUGGUGCUGAGAAGAGCCCUACAGAGUGUGCAGUAAAAGGCUCCCAAGCCAUGAAUAUCAUCAGUGCCAUCUUUGCAUUACUUGGAAUAUUGACUUUUAUAGUAGACCUGAGCAAAAAUGGGCCAUUUCAUUACGAUGAUAAUCAUCACUAUUCUCUGGUUAUGAAGACAGGCAACAGGAUUGCCAUUGUAUUGCUGACAUUCACCAUUGUGGAAUUUUGCAUCGCAUCUGCCACUGCAUAUUUUUGGUGCCGGGCAACCCGUUCUGAUUCCAAUGAGGCCAUAUUGAUUGAACCGAACACCAUCAGGACAGAUACUGAGGCCGCAUCUGUAGAAUCAUCAGUAACCCAUCCGCCAAAUUCCAAUGAUGUAAGUUACGAUUUAAAAGUAGAGACUGUGUAGAAGACUCAAGAGGAGGAAUCUGUAUGGAGAAAUCACACCAGCUGCACCUAUUUUGAGGUGUCAACGCUGGCCCUUUCCUGCAUGACAGAGUUCCGUCAAUUACUGCCAGUAUUCCAGCUGCCAGGCCAGUGAGGCCAAAGGGACCAUCUCUCUUCUUUCUCCAGUACAGUCUCAGCUUUAGACUGUGGCUAAGAAGCAUGUGGCUUGAUAUGCUCUGCCUUGGACUAGGAGGUAACAUUCAGACUCCUCUUUUUGCAUAGGCCGUUUAUGGAGCUCACCAUGAGUUUGGCACAUGGAUUAUUAACAUGUUAAAGUGUGUUUGAAGACCGUGUAGUAUUGGGGGUGGUCACAGGACAGCUGGAGACACAGAGAAGAACGCGGAAGGGAAGCAUGUAGGAGCACGGGCAAGUCAUUAGUGCGUUUUUCUGCCUCUGGCUGGCUCCAUUGGUGACCCUGGUGCAAAAUAUAAGAGAAAACAGUAUGUGGUGUUGAUUUGGAUGGCUCACUGCUCAGGGCUGCAGCUGGUUCUUAAAGACUCUCUACCUAAGUUGAGCCUCCUGAGAUGUAGCCAGCAUAUGGGACUGCCUUGGCCCCAAUCUCUACAUUUGUCCCCCUCUGCACCUCCAAAGCACGGGUGCAUUGUAGAAAGCAGCUCAUGGGAAUCAGUUUGGAAAGCUGAUUGGUCAUAGGAAGUUUCAUCAACAAUGCUGAGUUUUAUUGAGUGCUGCAUACUACUGCAUUUAUUUCAGUUAAGUGUACAUACAUAUCCAUUAAGAAUAUCCAUAGAACAACUCCUGGGAAAUUUUCUCCUAGUUUGUUCCCUAAAGGGAUCCUUCACACUCUCUUUGUAUAGCUUGCAGGUAUGAUGAGCUUAAAGCAGACAUUCCGGAUUAUUGGCUCCUCCCCUAGCAUUAGUCAUUCUGGAGCUGGAAACUGCCAUCUAAUACCUGGAGGUAAGAUAUGAUGUCCGUUGUUAGUGGACGUCAGAAAACGUUUGGCAACAUUCCGCACAUAUUGAUUUCCAAGGUAGACCUCUAGCAUCUCCUCACACUCUUCAAGGUCAGCCAUGGCACUUGAGGCAGGCCCAGGAACAAGAGGCGCAAGUGGGACUAAUCUCUGCUCCUACAUUGGUAACUUGGAGGGGGGUGAGCCCUGUUGGUUUAAAAGAAAUUAACUUUUUGACCCAAGAGGAUCUUCAGCGAGUAUGGGGGCAUUUAGGUGGCAGCCCUGAACCUUGUUAGAUGUGCUUAGAGUCCCACUGAAGUGACUGCAGCUUCAGUGUGCCUAAUGGAAUGAAGGAUUGCAACACAGUGGACCAUGAAAUCCUCCUGCUUGGGCGCUAUUGAAAUGAAUGGGAGCUGCACGAGAAGAUGUGCAGUGCUCUUGAGUGGCAUCCAUUCAUUUCAAGAAGGCUUGAGAAAGAGAAAUUCCCGGUCGAUCGUGCUCUUGGUUUCCAAGAGUGCUGGGCUGGGUGGUUGCUGGUUUUGUUCAGGGUGGGGCGGGUUAUCGACUGCAUACUGUGUAAGUAGCAAGUAGUGUUUUUUGAUAUUUUGUAUUGUUGUUAUAAGGAACUGGGAAUGGCUAGGCCGGAAUCCAUUCCGCUGGCUUCUGAGCAUCUUGGUUAAUGUUUCUUCAGAGCAUGUUUUCAUGGGGAAUUUCUACUGACUAUUUAAUGCCUGUCUGUGAAACAGGGAUACCUAAUACUGAGUGGCCUCACCGAGGUCUGAAUCUUGUAGCUGUUUAUAUGGUCCUAGACAAUUUUAGGUUUUAGAGUCUGCAGCUGAUUCACUCUUUCUAGGUCUGAUCUUGCUUUUCAUGGGUAUGAUUUUUUAAAAUGAAAAUAAAUUAUGUACCUGAAACAACA